AUGACCAGUGCCCAUGAAUCUUUACCUGAGCUGCAGCUUUCCUGCUUCCUGCGCGUUUACGCUGGCAGCCACCAGCCUUUUGCAGGUGGCGAACUUCUUCUGGAACCCGUGGCUCUGCCGCCUGGAGGUGAGGAGGAACCUGAAAUGGACGUUCCGGAAGUGAAGCGUUGCACCGUCGAGACGCAGACGGAGGCACCAGAAAUGCCAAAGGACGUCAAGCCACCGGCUGUGCUUGGGGCAUCAGGCGGAGAGCGCCGAGGCUCGAAGGCAGAGACGACCCCACCCAAAGCCUACAAGAUGGAGGGCGAAGCGGUCUUCGCUGACGAGAUCCAGCUUGCCCAUGGCGGCGACUACCUCGAAGAGGCCCCGGCAACCCCACCAGCGGCCGAAGUGCAGGAGGCGACGCCGAGCUCCCUGCCACUUGUGUCACAGCUGGUGCGCGAGCUGAUGCAAAUGCAGACUCGAAGCAUGGACGUAUGA